CGAUGAAAUAUAAAUAUGUGGAGCCACAGGACAAAUAGAAAUAGAUAAAUGUGGCUAGAGAACCAAGAGAAAGAAGCUAUGUUUUUUUGCCCUUCUAUCCCCACAACAAAAAUCUGCUUCUUCAUCUCUGCCACAAAUAUCCUUUUUUCUUCGUCGCCAAAUCCUCCUGUCCUCAGAUUUCAUACUUCUCACCGCGAAAAUCUGCGUUAUCUGAAAUCUCUUGGCAUUAUCAAGCCUAAAACAUCCCCAUCCCCAAAAUCCCUUUCCCAAAUCUUAUCCACUGUCGACUUCCUCAACUCCCAAGGCUUCUCCGAGGCUGAUAUAUCCAGAAUUGCUCUUGUUUGUGACCAUGUAUUCUCUCCUGAAUUUAAUGUUGAACCUGUAUUCGAUUUCUUCAAGAUUGAUUUAGCUGCAACCCCAGAAGAAACUCGGGGUUUAAUUCUUCGAUGUCCUCAAAUUCUUGAAUCCAAUGUCCCAUUCUGUUUGAGACCAACACUGAUUUAUCUUAAAGAACUGGAAAUUGGAAAUUUGAAUUUGCCAACUAACUUAAAUGCUCAUCUGCUGAAUACCCGAGUGGAUAAACUGCAAGAAAAAGUUAGAUUUUUGCAGGGUAUUGGGUUUUCAUAUGAAGAAUCAGCUAGGAUUUGUGCUAGAUUUCCUGCUAUAUUUGGUUACAACAUUGAACACAACUUAUGGCCAAAAUAUGAGUAUCUGGUUGAGGAUAUGAAGAGGGAUGUUGAGGAACUGAAGCUGCUCCCCCAAUACUUUGCUUUCAGCCUUAGAAAUCGGAUUGCACCUAGGCAUUUGCAUCUCAAGGAAAGAAAUGUUGUAAUUCCCUUGAAAAGAAUGUUGUUGUGGAGUGAUCAAAGAUUUUAUGCUAAAUGGAAAUAAUUUUUUUGCUUU